GCGGCGCGGGCCCUGGGAGGGGCGCCCAGAGCCAGCCGCGCAGCAUGCACUGGGGGGUUGGCUUUGCUUCGUCCAGGCCGUGCGUGGUGGAUCUGAGCUGGAACCAGAGCAUCUCCUUCUUCGGCUGGUGGGCCGGGUCCGAGGAGCCCUUCUCCUUUUAUGGGGACAUCAUCGCUUUCCCUUUGCAGGAUUACAGUGGGAUCAUGGCAGGGCUGGGCUCCGAUCCCUGGUGGAAGAAAACCCUUUACUUGACCGGGGGAGCUUUGCUGGCCGCAGCUGCGUAUCUGCUCCACGAACUCCUGGUCAUUAGGAAACAGCAAGAGAUUGACUCUAAAGAUGCUAUUAUUUUACAUCAGUUUGCAAGACCUAACAAUGGUGUUCCCAGUUUAUCUCCUUUCUGUUUAAAAAUGGAAACUUAUUUAAGGAUGGCUGACUUACCGUAUCAGAACUAUUUUGGUGGAAAACUCUCUGCUCAAGGGAAAAUGCCUUGGAUUGAAUAUAAUCAUGAAAAAGUUUCUGGCACAGAAUUCAUAAUUGACUUUCUGGAAGAGAAACUUGGAGUGAAUUUAAACAAAAACCUUGGCCCUCAUGAAAGAGCCAUCUCCAGAGCGGUGACCAAGAUGGUGGAGGAGCACUUCUACUGGACAUUAGCUUAUUGCCAGUGGGUGGACAAUCUCAAUGAGACCCGGAAGAUGCUCUCUCUUAGUGGUGGUGGUCCCUUCAGCAACCUGCUGAGGUGGGUCGUGUGCCACAUAACGAAAGGAAUUGUGAAACGCGAGAUGCACGGCCACGGCAUUGGCCGCUUCUCCGAGGAAGAGAUUUACAUGCUGAUGGAGAAGGACAUGCGGUCUUUAGCAGGGCUUUUGGGUGAUAAGAAGUACAUCAUGGGUCCCAAGCUUUCCACUCUUGAUGCCACUGUCUUUGGACACUUGGCACAGGCAAUGUGGACCUUACCAGGGACAAGACCUGAACGGCUGAUCAAAGGUGAGCUGAUCAACCUUGCCAUGUACUGUGAGAGGAUAAGGAGGAAAUUUUGGCCAGAGUGGCACCACGAUGAUGACAAUACCAUCUAUGAGUCCGAGGAGAGCAGCGAAGGCAGCAAAACCCAUACCCCGCUGCUGGAUUUUAGCUUUUACUCAAGGACAGAGACCUUUGAAGAUGAGGGAGCAGAAAACAGUUUUUCCAGAACCCCAGACACGGAUUUUACCGGACACUCACUCUUUGAUUCGGAUGUGGACAUGGAUGACUAUACAGACCACGAACAAUGCAAGUGACGUCCAGCCUCGCUGACCCUCUUCCUUGGUACCUGCCACUCCCUGGGUCGGUCCAUUUUCCCAGGUAGCAAUCCAUCCGAGCUGGGAGGAGAUCUUCGUGCUUGGCACAGUUUUCACAUGCUAACUGGACUAUAGCAGCCUUAUUUCUUUUUUGUACAAACAAAACACAGAACCAUUCAGAUGACUCCAUUGAAAACAAACAGGCAAAAAAUAAUAAUGUCAGCAUGGUUCCUGAAAUCUAUUUUUGUUUUCAUUAGAAAACUAUUAAUAAUAUUGUGUGGUAGAGCAGUUGUAAGAGCGGGUUGUCAGCUGAUAGUGUUUAUGAUGAUCCUCUUCAACCUUGAGGUCUUAGUUGUGAGAUGGAUUCUUGAACCUCCUUCAUCCACCAGGAUUUGAAGUAAUGAGAGAUAUCAUCAGAGAAAAUGUAGGAGAUAAAUGUUUUAUGGUGGCUGCUUGUACUUUAUGUGUGUAUAUUGUAUGUUGAGACAUAAGUCAAAUAAAAUCCACAGAUAUUCAACGAA